CAGGGGGGUUUCAUGCCAAAAAAGCCCCCGGCUGGGAUGGCUGACCCCCGUCACAGUGCUCAGACCCUUUUCCCUUUCUAUUUAGGGAAGCAUGAGACAGCUGAGCCUCGGGGACAAGCGGCCCCACGCCAGCAGCUGCAGCAGCGCCCAGCACCUUCCAGAACUCCCGGGAUGGAAAGCUGACUGACACCCAGUGCUGCUUGCUCCUUCUCACAGGGCCUUUGGGAGCCCAUCCCACCGAAAAUCUCACCCGCUGCCACCUCCCCUUUUUCAGCAGCCCAUUGUCACAGACUGGAACACACACUGUACUGGAACUUACUGGCCCACUGCUGUGAUGAGUGGCUCAGGGCUCAAUUUGAGUGACACCAGUGGCCGGAGCAGCACUGAGCUCCAAAAGAGCUGAGCCUUUCAACACACCCUGUUUCCCAGGAGUCACACUCAAUCAGGAAUUCUGCUUUGGGACUUAUCUCCCCCAAAACACAGGCCUUGCCUUCCUGAGUGUCCCCACCAGCAUCCCAACUGUAAAUCAAAUGGGGGAACUGGCAGAAGGAUGGGGAGAGCACGGGCUCAUCACAGAGACACUGCCAAGAGGAAAAAUAUCAUUGUCUUUAAUUCCGUGAUCUGUGUUGUGGUUUGUGGAUCUUACACAGCAAGAAUUGGCACAGGACUGCCCUGCCAGGUCUCCUAUUUUAUUCACCUGGCACCAGCGACACUGCUUGGCCCCUGGAACCCAGGCAGGAGGCGAUUCCAAAGGAAUUUGGAAAUCCCUUCACAGCACAUCACCUGCACUGCAGCUGCAGGCACUGCAUCAAGGGCAGCUCACACACCUUCACCGCUGCAGGGGUAUGUCCAAGGCACAAGGACAGCAGCUGUGGAAGGUGCAAGAGGCCAUCCCUGCCUUGGAUAGGCUCAGUCCAGUGGCUUUUCUAGGAUUCACAUGGAUCAACACACCAGAAACCCAUUCCCAUGUGGCUUUAGGUACCAGGGAAGGCUCAUCUGGCUUCAUUUCAGUACUCCUGGGAUACAGCACAGCCUUUCUCACAUCAGCCAGAAUAAUAAUUCAUUGUCAGAAGCAGCAGCACAGCAGGUACUGCAGGUCUCUCCCGCCCCCGUGGCUGUGGACAUGGUUGUCCUGCGGGCUGGGCUCUGCCCUGGUCUCACCGAAGAGAUGAUCCAGCUGCUCAGGGCGAAUGGCAUCAGGACAGUGGUGGACUUUGUGUCGUCAGACCUGGAGGAUGUUGCCCAGAAGUGUUCCCUGUCUUACAAGGCGCUGGUUGCAGUGAGACGUGUGCUCCUGGCCCAGUUCUCUGCCUUCCCUGCCAACGGAGCAGACCUGUACGAGGAGCUCAAGAGCUCCACAGCCAUCCUGCCCACUGGGAACCCAAGCCUGGACCAACUGCUGGACUCUGGGCUGUACACGGGGGAAGUGACGGAGCUCAUGGGAGCACCAGGCAGUGGGAAGACGCAGGUGUGUCUGGGCAUUGCAGCCAGUGUGUCUCUCAGCCUCAAGCAGCACGUCCUGUUUCUCGACUCCACGGGGGGUUUCAUUGCCUCCCGUCUCUACCAGAUGCUGCAAGCACAGACAGAGGAUGAGGAAGAGCAGCUGGAGGCUCUGCAGCGGAUCCAGGUGGCCCGUGUGUUUGAUGUCUAUGAAGUGCUGAGUGCCUUGCAGGAGCUGCGGGAUCGCCUCUCCCAGCAGGUCAUGAGCUCCACGGGGCCUCUCAAGAUUGUGGUGAUCGACUCGGUGUCGGCUGUGAUUUACCCACUGCUGGGUGGCAGGCAGUCAGAGGGUCUGGCUAUCAUGAUGCAGCUGUCCAGGGAGCUGAAGACACUGGCCAGGGAGUUCAGCCUUGCUGUUGUGGUGACCAACCAGGUGACAAGGGACAGCAGCACUGGCCCACUCAAGCCAGCCCUUGGCCGCUCCUGGAGCUUCGUGCCCAGCACUCGGGUGCUGCUGGAGAGCAAAGAAGCCUCCUGGGACAAAGGCACGACACGGCGCGUGGCUGCCCUGGCGAAGUCACCCCGCCAGCCAACAGGGUUACAGGUGGAGCUGGACAUUGGAAAUGGUGAUAUGCCAGAGCCGAGCCCUGUGACACCCACACAGGGGCUCUGAUGUGAUGGAAAAGCAAACAUCAAGGUCCAAGAGAGCUGCACAAAAGCAGCGCUUUCCAGCUGCUCUUGCCUGCUCUGGGUGACCUCCUGGGCAGUUAUGUGGUGCUGGGGAGGAGACAGGAGGCUGAGAUGUGAUCCCAGAUGUCUCAGACACCCUCAUCCUCUGCAUAAUAAGAGACCUCCCUGGCAGGUGAGCUGAGCCAUGGUUGUACUUCAAGGCUGCUGAUGUUGAAUUUGGGGGCUGGAACUAAUUCAAGGCAUGCUCAUUAAACUAAUAACACAGCAGCACAGCUCCUGGAGUCUUCUAAGGCUGUACUGGGCAAAGAGGAGUUUGAUUUAGCCAGAAUUUGUGUCUCCAGAGUAGACAUUAACAGUGUACAGCCCUGUAUUCCUGAGCAAAUAGCUGCUGUGGGGAAGGGGUGGUUGAAAGGGAUAUGUGAACACACAUUUUGGUUUCCCAAGAGGCAGCACCAGGUCUCAGCGUGGAUUUUUGUUUGAAACAUCUGUCAGAGUUGUGUUUUCUGUGAAACUCAGCUCUUGGUGCUCCCAGGGCUGUGGUUUAGGGGGCAGGUCCCACCUCCUCCAUCGUGGCCACCCAGCUCCGUGUGCGUGGCCGUGGGAAAGGCCAUGAUCCCAGCAGGUCCUGCUGAGCAGGGGAACGUGCCAAAGCAACAUGAGCUGAGCCAUUAAAUACAUGAUUUUUACUGAAAACUUUUUAAAGUCGUGUAUUUAUUUGUGUUUCUGGGCCUUCCAAGCCCAGGAGGGGAGGUUUGGCCCCAGGGAUUGCAGCCUGGCUGGAGGAUGGUUUUCCUGUGCUCAUGUGGCUGGUCCUUACAAGCAGAAAUUUAGCUUGGUGCAUCUCUCG